AUCGUAGUACAUAGAGGAACUGUAUUAAAUCUGCCAAAUGUACGAACUAAACAAUAAUACGGACUUGCCCAAAAUGAAAAACUCGUUUCAUUUUAAUUCUGUCAAAUAGUUAUAUGACGUACAAAUGCCAACGUGAAAUAGUAAAGUGAAUAUUUGUGGAAUUUUCAAUAUUCAAAAAAUGAUACGCAAAGCUUACGUGAAACAAUUUUCAGUCCUGCUUCCAGUGUACUUCAGCACCUACAUGACCGGUACAACAACAGGUUGGCUACCAUGCGCAAUUUACCUAUACACAGAAAUCGAAGCAAAAAUAACUUUAGCCCCAUUCGACUACUUCUCCCUGGUUUCUACUGCUGAAGCUGGUAAAAUUCUAUUAGCCUUGCCAGCCAGUUGGAUGAUGGACAGAUAUGGCAGAAGUGCAAACAUCAAAGCAGCCGGUUACUUGCACGUGGUCGGUUGGUUUAUAAUCUGCUUCACCGAUAAUCUAUGGGUGAUAUAUUUCGCCAGGGUCAUUCUAGGAGGUGCAACAGCAUGUGCAAUAGCAGCAGCUUUGAUCAUGGUGGGUGAAAUAACCUCGGCCACGAUCAGAGGUAGAAUGACGUCACUGAUGCAGAUAUUCAUGUUACUGGGCAACGCAACACCGGCUGUGAUCAUGGCAUGGUAUCCAUCAUCUAGGGUACUGGCGUAUUUCAUCACAGGAUUAUCAGUUCUGUGUGCGAUUACCAAUCAACUUCUAAUGGAGUCUCCUUAUUUUCUGGUAUCAAAAUUGAACUUGAAGCAAGCCAGGGAGAAUUUGUCGUAUCUUCGGAGAGGUUACACAGAGGAGGAAAUUGAUUCAGAGAUGGAUAUCAUUCAAACUUACAUUAGCAACGAACAAAGACAUACCAGAUCUACAUCGAAUUGCAUAGGUCAUCUGAAACUGCCAUUCGUUAGGAAGCCUCUGAUCACUAUGUUCUUGUUGAAUUUUUUCAACAACAGUAGCGGUAUUCCGAUGCUGCUUUCGGUAUGCACCAUAGUAUUAGGUGAAAAUUCCCUCAUCGCUAAGAAAUGCUACUUUAUCGUCACCAUAAUAGUAGCAUUGAUUUUCGGCGGAGCUGUCAUCACGUUGAUUGAAUCAUUUUCGAGAAAACAUUUCUAUAUUUUUGGGGCUAUCAGUACGGGUAUUUUACAAGCCAUCAAUGGAUUCACUUGGUACAUUUACAACAUGGAAAAAAAUCAGUACUGGUAUUGGUUAUUUUUCAUCGGUAAUUUAGCCCUGGGUAUUUUCUGGAAUGGUAUUCUUUCACCCCUCAAAGGCACCGUACGAUCGGAGAUCUUACCUCAGGCAGCCAAAUCGACCGAGAACAUAUUGAGCUUGGUGGCUCAAGCAUUAGCCCUAGGUUCGAGUUUUCUAAUAUUUCACAAUACUAGUCUAAACGUCGCGUACUGGAUAUACGCGGUUUGUUGCGAGGUGCUCGCAGUCAUUAUAUACAUCCAAGUGCCGGAUGGCCGAGGGAAAACAUUAGCUUGGAUACAAAUGGAAUUGAAUGAUGAAUUGACGUGAAACUUUUAUUUCAAAGGUUUUGUGGAAAUUCCAAAUAUUUGCAAUUUUUCACUUCGUAUUACGCGCGUACGUAUCCAAUACACGUUCGCGUAUUGAUCUCGGAAAAACUUUUCCCAUACUACCCGCAAAACUUGUGCAUAGUUGAGAGUUCGCCAUUGUGGUUGUCAAUGGUUAUUUUCAAGGCUUUUGUCUUCUCCGUCGAUAAAAUCUUUUUAAGCGUGUGAUUUGUGGUCGGAUUCUGUAUCAUUAUUUUCCGAAGACGAAUUCUCCAACUUCGACCCAACAGGACGAAGACCCUGUAGUAUUUCGAAGGCGAACAAACUUCCAAUUUCAAUCAAUAGGUAGUAGUUUACGAAUUUCGCGAGUUUACACUUUCCAAAAACCAUGUAGCUUUUGGUAUUUACAU